GGCGUCAGAAGAUUGUGCAAUAUCUUUCCUAACUGCCUAGUUAGGGUUUACCCUAACGUGUGGGCGUGUUUGGUCAUAUGACAACAACGGACUUUGACAAAAUGAUUACAUCCGUGUCAGCGUAUUUUACCUUUCCCUUGUGAUAAUGACCACAUCCCUUAUAUAGAAAAAAUAGUCUUGGGUAAAAACAGACGCAACACCUAACAGAGAAUGUCUGAAAAACAACCACUGAGUUCUAGUUCGCAACCAAACUACUCUGGAGGGUACCCUGGAGGGGCUCCUCCUGGUGGAGCUCCACAAUAUCCAGGAGGAGGUUAUCCUGCCCCUCAAGGGGCAUAUCAAGGGGGACAACCACCACCACAGGGUGCAUACCAGGGUGCACCACCUCCACAAGGCCCUGCACCUGGAUACCCAGGAGGACAGCCAACCCAGGGCUAUCCUCAGCCUGGUGCACCCCAGGGAGGUUACCCAAGUGCCCCACCAGCAGGGGCAUAUCCAGGAGGUGGGGUCCCUCCAGCAGGGGCAUAUCCAGGGAGUGGGGCCCCUCCAGCAGGGGCAUACCCAGGAGGUGGGGCCCCUCCAGCAGGGGCAUACCCAGGGGGUGGGGCCCCUCCAGCAGGGGCAUACCCAGGGGGUGGGGCCCCUCCAGCAGGAGGUCCUGGAGCUCCAGCCCAGGGUGGAGCACCACCCCAGUACCAGGGAGAGAUGCCCGGGGAUGACGUAGAUGAUAACCCCAACGCUGUCCCACAGCAGGCCACAGCCCCACCACUGGAGAAAAUGGAUAAUAUCGGUGGAUAUUCUAAUGUCGGAUUCGGUGGAGCUAUGCUGCCCCCUCCAUCAUAUGAUGAGGCAAUGAAAGGACCACCUCCAGAUCGACAAAAUAUUUCAAAUGUUCCUACCAUCACCGAACAAGACGCAAGGGAAGCCCUCCUCAAACAUGUAGCAGAAAACUGUUGCUAUGGUAAAGGAGCCGCGGAAGAUUUGAAAUAUUUGGAUCUCAAGUCAACAAGUGCAUUUCAUUACACAUUGGAAACUUUUGGAGAAGGUAGACAGACAGCAUGGGCAUAUGAGCCAUAUACAGGCCAAGUAAUUGAUGGUCCUAUGAAUGGCCAGGCCCCAGGUCCUUGGGACAUUCCUGCCCAAGCCAGUGCCCUGUUCCAAAACCAGAAGAUUGACCUUGAGGUCCCUCAUACAGCUUCUGUCAAGCCCUGUCACACCUGCUUUUCGUCUGGAUUUAUCCGCUGUCACCGGUGUAUGGGAAGGGGUAGAGUGAGGUGUACCUGGUGUCAUGGAAGUGGACAUCGGACCGUGCACAGAGGCGGGGAUAGCCACAGAGAGAGGUGUACUUGGUGUCAUGGUAACGGCAGACGCAGAUGUGAUACUUGCUGUGGUUGUGGUUCCGUGACCUGUACUUCCUGUGCUGGCUACAGGCAACUCAAGUGCUACAUCAAGCUCACCAUCCUUUGGACUAACCAUACUGUGGACCACAUCGUUGAGAGGACUCCUCUUCCAGACCAUCUUAUUAGAGGAGUGUCUGGACAAACAGCAUUUGAGGAAACCUACCCACGGGUCUGGCCUAUCCAGCACUUCCCCGAUGCUGAGGUAAACGAUGCAUCCCGGAAUCUGAUACAACAACAGCAAUAUCCAACAGAGAGGAUCCUACAACAGAGACACCGGGUGAGAAUUGUACCUGUGACACAGUGUAUGUACAAGUGGAAGAACGAGGAGUCAGAUUACUUUGUGUAUGGGUUUGAACACAAGGUGUAUGCUCCCAACUACCCACAGCAAUGUUGCUGUGGCUGUUCCAUCCUCUGAACACACCCGUACAUCUUAAAAAUUAUGCUACUGUGGUUUUCCAUCUUCAGAACACCCCUGCAUGUCUUAAAACACCGUUGGCUGUUCCUUUUAACCAAUGCAGUUAUAAAACUAUGACUGAGUUUCUUAACAUCCAUUUUUUCAUGUAAUCUAUGAAUUAAGUAUAUUGUCUGUAGUAAAGGAAUCAUUGGACACUUAAAGAAAGUCUAGAUUGUUCCUUGAAGGUUAAGAUGACAUAGAUAUCUGUUACUUACAAACUGCACGAACAAAAACGUAAAUAUCUCUAAAGAUUUACUUACAAACUGCUAGAACAAAAAAAACGUAAAUAUCUCUAAAGAUUUACUUACAAACUGCUAGAACAAAAACGUAAAUAUCUCUAAAGAUUUACUUACAAACUGCACGAACAAAGAUGUAAAUAUCUCUAAAGAUUUACUUACAAACUGCUAGAACAAAGAUGUAAAUAUCUCUAAAGAUUUACUUACAAACUGCUAGAACAAAGAUGUAAAUAUCUCUAAAGAUUUACUUACAAACUGCUAGAACAAAGAUGUAAAUAUCUGUAAAGAUUUACUUACAAACUGCACGAACAAAAACGUAAAUAUCUCUAAAGAUUUACAUGUACUUACAAACUGCUAGAACAAAGAUGUAAAUAUCUCUAAAGAUUUACUUACAAACUGCAAGAACAAAGAUGUAAAUAUCUGUAAAGAUUUACAUACAUGUAUAAAGUACUAGAUGAACACCAGAAGGUUUUGAUAGCACACAAACCACGCAAAAGAUACAGGAGAGCUAGAAGGUUUGGAUUACACGAUGAUUAGAAUAGUCUCAUUGAUCUACACAGUUAUGUGCCAUAAAGGAAUAGACAAAAUGUACACGUAUGAUAAAUGAUUAUAUAAAUGAGAAUCAUUCAGUAUACUGUACUUUGACUUUAUUUUGCAAUGUUUGUCUUUUUACAUAACCUGUUUGAAUCGGUUGCUACAGUAGCAUGUCCUAUUGUUAGUGGUUUCUUAAAAGCGUUUUUAUUCAAAUGUGUUUUUCAUGGCAUUAAAGUGUUACUGAAAAAAUUACUGUUUAGUUACCUGGUAAUUCUUGUUACGAUAAAAUGUAUUUGGGUAAUUCUUUUUGACUGAAAAUAUAUCUAAAACAUAGAUAUGUGUAAUUCACAUGACAUUAGAUUAUAAUAUUCACGUCUCAAGUUCAAUUUUCAUCUGUAAUUUAUGAUUUCAUGAAACAACAUUCAUAAGGAUCUAUAAUAUUUCCAUUUCUUUACAAGUGUCAUGAAAUGAGUCACUUUAAAAAUAUAACAUUGAAAUAAUAUUAUGAUACAAUACCAAGAAUUUGUGUGAAUAUUUUUCAUUAAGUGUUCAUGAUCAACUUUUUGUCCUGAUAUGUCAGUAAUAUUCAAUACUAUAUGAUGUUAUGAUUGUUUUAAUUCUGGCAUCAGUAAGUGUUCAUAAGGUAAUCAAGGAAGUCGAGAAAGUGAUGUUAUCACUUUAUACAUAAUAAAUGCAAACAUCCUUCUGGUGAAUUUUUAUUACUAAAGAUAUAUAAUGUAUAUAUAUAAUAUAUAAUGUUCUAAUAAUAUCUGUGCUGUUUUUGUAUAAUAAUUUUGUAUCAUAAGGGUAUUUCUAAUUCUGUAAAAUGAGAAAAAACUUGUUUUGAGUGCCUUCCUUAACUACUGUUCUGCAUUUAGGAUACGCUUAAGUUUUUUUUUCAUUAAAUAUAUUUUCAUAGCAUAUAUACAUUGUAUGUACAAGUGUAUUGUUUGAGAUAAUUUCUUUUUUUUUUUAAAUGAUAUAUGCUUUGUAGUAAAUUUUGAUUUGCAGUGUACAAUGUGAUGUAUUUUACAAUGAUAAAGUUUGUACAUUUGUGUGUAUUUAGCAAUUUUUGUAAAACUGUACAAUAGUUUUGUAUUAAUUUCUGUCACCUGAGCCAAAUGCUCGUGGUGACCUAUUGUCAUCGCCUUUUGUCUGUCAUCUUCCAUCACAAUAAUUAUAAUAGUGUAAAUUAAUAUGGAUGGAAUUGCAAUGAAACUUAGUAUGCUGCCUUAAUCUGAUAUGCUCUUUGCUACAGUACUAUUGGAUGUUAUGAUCAUGAUAACUUGAAUAAAUAUAAAUGGAUUUUGAUGAACUUUGGUAUGUAGUUUUAUAUCAUUAAGAGGUCGGACAAGUUCAACAAUGCGACCGAUUCAAAGUAACUGACAGAGUUAUUGUCCUUAGCAGUUUUAUUACCACUGGACCUUGUGAGCAUAACUCGAGUAAAUAUGAAUGGAUUUUGAUAAAUUUGGUAUGCUGUGAGCUUUAUAUCAAAAACAUCUUGAACAGUUUCUACAUUGGGACAUAUCUGUUUGUAAGUUAUGGCAUAAUGCAGUUUAUGUCAAAAGUCAUGAUUAUUGACUACCCUAUAAAGAAUAUAUACCCCUACUUCAAGGUCACACCUGGGUAAAAUAUGUUAAAUCUUAGAUUAAAUGCAAAGAUCAACCAUCUGUAAACAUAUCAGAACUCAGGUGAUUGAUAAGGUCCAUGGACCUCUUGUUUAUAUCACGGAUGUGUGCAGUAUUACCUGUUUAUGUAUGUCUUGAUGGCAGCAGUUCUGUGAUUCAAAUUUGAAUGUUAAUGUUUCUACUGCUGAAAGAAAUACAUUUUUUUUCACAAGUAUGUUUAUAUUGGUAUGAGUAAGGUUUCAAACAUAAUAUCAUCAGGGCCACGUUCUAGUUCAACCUCAAGAUGUUGGAUAUCGUCCAGUUGUUUAAAUUUGAAUUAAUUUUGGUGUGGGGGCAAAAUAACAUUUUAGAAAGACCAAAUGUGAUAACUGUUAUCAGUAUAGGUGUUGGACAUCAGAACCAAAUCAUUUUUUCUGACUUUUAUAUUAUAGAUAUACAUGUAUAUAUACAAUUCAAGACUAAUACUUUUAAAGCAGAUGAUAUUAAAUAUGAGAACAAAUUUUAAUAUAUUAAUAUGUAUUUGUCACUUUCUGACAUGUCUAUUAUAUAGAUUCAUGGGAUGUAGUCUGUGAUUCACUUGCAGUGGUAAAUCGGGUUUCUGAAGUAAAUUAUUUAUAUCAAAUUCACAAUUUUUCUCUUUUUAUGCAUUCACAACUGUCAGCUGGAAAUACAUGUACAGUGUAUAUGAUAAUGUACUUACAUAGGCCUCUUCAUCACAUAACGGUCCCUGUCAAUAACAGUCUUGUUCCCAUUCAUUUCUUUCUUUUUCAACCUUUUCUACCUCCUCUAUGACGUGGUCCCGAAAAUCAACUUACACUCCUUGUUAACAUUCCUCAGGGUGAGUACUAUUUUUGGAAGGGUAGUCAAAUCUAAUAAUCUUUAAGCGGCAAAUGAAAUUUAAAGUUAUUAUUUAAUCCUGUCUGUGUUGGAAUUCAUACCCGACGUUUUUUGCUGAAAGAAAAUGUUAUGUGCUGUAGUAAUUUUCCAGUGUUAAGUGGUCCACAAAUGGUGUACAUAUCAUCAGAACUUUGCACAAAUUUCAAACUCGCAGUCCUUAGAAUACAUUUUUGUGCAAAGUCCUUGUUGUACAGAGCUUGGACAUUAGUGAAUAUAUUUUCCGUUUCAAAAUUGGUAAUAUUUGGCAAAAAGCCAUUUAGCCUUUUGUGUUCUUUCUUGAGUCAUCGUCUAUAAACUUUUAUCACUGCAAACUUUUCCAAAAUUCCUCAAAGGUAAUUUGACUUCACCACAACUUUUGUGUCUUUUAAACAAUGCUUUUCUUGUUGUCAAGUGAUGUCCUUAUUGUUACAGAGUGGUCUAGAUUUGUGAUUCGAUGUCCCUUGUUUGUGGACUUUUUAUAUCAUUGUGUAAAAGUUUAUGAUAAUGUAGUUGAUGGCUGUCCAUGGAUCGUUUCAAGAGUAAAUCUUAACGGACAAUAAUUCAUAAUCUAUUUUGUUUUCUUAUCAAUGUUUAUUUCUCUUAUAUUGAUCCUUAUAUUCCCAAGUUACUGUACAUAUUUCAUGUACAUGUAUUAUGAUUCCGAAGAUACUCGGAUCUUUAUCAGCUUACCAGAUUUUACCACAGACAUAGUGUAAUCAAGUUGUAUAAUUAUUGUUCUGGGCCCAGUUGUUCAAAAGGUGCUUAAAUUAAUCACAAUUUAACAACAAUUUUAAAAUCCUGAUAAAAUCAUUUCUAGUAAAACAAACUUGACAAAAUUUUAUGAAACUAUAACACUCCUUAGUAUCUACAGAGACAUAUAUACAGUAUAUCUGUAUAUAUGUCUCUGGUAUCUACACACAGAGGUUUUGAAGUUAAGGAGAAAUGAGAUUUUCACUGAUCAAGUGAUGAAGCUAAUCAACUUUUAAACAACUGGGUCCUGGUGAAGGGCAUCUUGAUCAACUAAAAUGAAGCCAAUGGGAAAAAGAAAAAAGAACCUAUUUCCAGUGUUGUGAUUUUAUGGAUGUUGUAAGAUGUGAUGGGACAACCAUUCAACAAUGGUACUUCAGUGUAAGUUACACUGUAUCAAAAAUGAAAGUCUUUAGAUAAACAAAUCGAAGGCUUACAUGUAAAUGGUCACAAUUUUGAUUUGUUAAGUUAGUUGUGUUUGUAUUUUUUUUUUUUUUUUUUUAUUUACACAACAUAUAUUGGAUCUCAACAAAGGUUUCAAACGUGGUUUACAGGAGGUGCAUGUGUCUGGGUAAUAAUUGAAGCAUGGCGUUGUACAAUCUAAUGUAUUUUCAAUAAGUCAAUGUAUUUCUAACAAACACGAUAUAUCAAAGACAUGUAAACAAGCUAAGCACUUAUAUAAAUUCCACUAGUCGGUAAUGCACCAACUUGUUUCCUUUUUUUGCAUGGGACAAUAUAAAUUCCACUAGUCGGUAAUGCACGAACUUGUUUCCUUUUUUUGCAUGGGACAACCUUUCAACAAUUUAUGGAUCAGUAAAUUAUUUAGACAUUUAUUCAUCUUAGGAUAUUUCUAUAUCGGGACACGAAUAAAACUUAUCUAUUUUAAUAGUUAAAGAGGCUUACCCGCAGACGGACCGGUAAACGGCACAUCUCCGAUCACUAAAUAAACCUCAGUACACGUUUCUAUGUGACAAAAUUAGAGGCUUUCCGACUUUAUUUCUUGAAAACAAUUACAGAAUAUGUAUUUAAAAGACGUUUUAAAACUCAACCUGAGAGGGAAAUGUAUGGAAUAUAAUGGCAAAUCUUCUUUGUAAAUCGCCACUGCCUUUGAAGUUAUCACUGUGCGGCACUGUGCACGUGCUUGAUUCUUUGAUGUGUCAAUCAAAUUAGACUCCACUUUAUAGCGGGGACUUAUUGCGGAUUGCGAUUAAAUAAAUAAUAUUUAAAAAAAAUUAGGUUUUAAUAUCACUUUUCAGCGUUUUAUAAGGAAAAUAAAAUGAAAAACUCAACAAUUCCAACAAUCUGUCAUGUGUAAAAAAUCUUUUUCUAUUAGCCAAUUUUUCUGAUCUCUCUGCGGGCAAGCCUCUUUAAGAGUAUACAUCCCUUUUAAUGUUUGUUUUCAUUUAUUGCUGGAUUAUUUACUUUAUGGACCCUAGUAUCACCGAUGAUCAAUGAAGUUUUAUUUUCAUUAAUCAGUACAUACAUGAACAUGUACUAUAUUUACAUUUUAAAAUUAAAUUCAAUAGUGCUGUUCAUCCGUGUCUUGUUCUAUAGCACAAGUAUACACAUAGGGACCAGCAUUGUGUAAAAAGUCAUGUGAAAAGGGUAUGUUUGUAUGAAAACCCAGUGGUCAUGUGAAAAGGGUAUGUUUGUAUGAAAACCCAGUGGUCAUGUGAAAAGGGUAUGUUUGUAUGAAAACCCAGUGGUCAUAUUUUAUAUCCAUGGCCUGAUAAUUGUUAUUACAUACGUGUUGUGUAUAUCAUUGUUUUGACAUUUUCUGUUUAUUUAAAUAUAUUAUAUAAGAGUUAAUGAUUUUUGUUAUCUAGAAAUUGUUAAAUGUUGUGUUCUAUUGUUAUAGAAGUAUAUAACGACUGUCUUCAUCUCAGUAAUGACACUGCGUGCGAUACCAUUUCUUUGUCAUCACACUACUCACAUUUAUUCUAUAUAUCAGUGUUAUAAUAUUGCAUGCUGGCAAUGGACACUGCUACAUAUACAGGACAACAUGACUAUAAUAAAUCAAAUUAAAAAGGAA